UCGGGUGAUAUCAACGUAAGCCGGCAAGACGCCUUUCAUUGUACAUCGUAUUUUACCUUUGAGAGCUUUUUGGGCACUUUUAAUACAAGACAACAUUCAUUACUCCUCGUGUCCCCUUCCCCUUUCCUUUUCUCCGGACACUUGAAACACAAAAAGCCUCAAAAAUGGCUCAGAUACUGCCGAUACGAUUUCAGGAACAUCUGCAGCUGCAGAACCUGGGGGUGAAUCCGGCCAACAUCGGGUUCAGCUACCUGACCAUGGAGUCUGACAAAUUCAUCUGCAUCCGGGAGAAGGUGGGUGAGCAAGACCAGGUGGUGAUCAUAGACAUGGCUGACCCCAAUAACCCCAGCAGGCGACCCAUUUCCGCUGACAGCGCCAUCAUGAACCCUACAAGCAAGGUCAUUGCCCUGAAAGCUGCUAAGUGCCUGCAGAUCUUCAACAUUGAGAUGAAGAGUAAGAUGAAGGCUCACACCAUGACAGAGGAAGUCAUGUUCUGGAAGUGGAUUUCUGUCAACACCGUCGCAUUGGUGACUGAAGCGGCCGUCUACCAUUGGAGCAUGGAGGGGGACUCUCAGCCAAUCAAAGUGUUUGAUCGGCACGUCAGUCUGGCCGGUUGCCAGAUCAUAAACUACAGAACAGACGAACAGCAGAAGUGGCUUCUGCUUAUCGGGAUCUCGGCACAACAAAACCGUGUGGUGGGGGCCAUGCAGCUGUACUCUGUGGACAGGAAGGUGUCCCAGCCCAUCGAGGGACAUGCUGCAGCCUUCGGAGAGUUUAAGGUGGAGGGCAACACCAAAGCCUCCACUCUCUUCUGCUUUGCUGUGCGCAGCCAGGCUGGUGGCAAGCUGCAUAUCAUAGAGGUGGGUCACCCGGCUACAGGGAACCAGCCAUUUACCAAGAAGGCGGUUGAUGUGUUCUUCCCUCCCGAGGCGCAGACAGACUUCCCCGUCGCCAUGCAGAUUGGCACCAAGCAUGGCGUGAUCUACCUGAUCACUAAGUAUGGCUACAUCCACCUGUAUGAUCUGGAGUCGGGAGUGUGUAUCUAUAUGAACCGCAUCAGCGCUGAGACCAUCUUCGUCACUGCCCCCCACGAACCCACCUCCGGCAUCAUCGGGGUUAACAAGAAGGGACAGGUGUUGUCAGUGUGUGUGGAGGAGGAGAACAUAGUUAACUAUGCCACCAACGUGCUGCAGAACCCAGACCUGGGCCUGAGGAUGGCCAUGCGUUCUAACCUGGCCGGGGCAGAUGAGUUGUUUGCCAGGAAGUUCAACACGCUGUUCGCCCAGGGCUCCUACUCUGAGGCUGCCAAGGUUGCUGCCUCCACACCAAAGGGUAUCCUGCGUACAGCGGAGACCAUCCGUAAGUUCCAGAGUGUGCCAGGCCAGCCGGGCCAGGCCUCUCCCCUGCUUCAGUACUUUGGCAUCCUGCUGGACGAAGGCCAGCUCAACAAGUUUGAGUCUCUGGAGCUGUGCAGGCCUGUGCUACAGCAGGGACGCAAGCAGCUGCUGGAGAAGUGGCUGAAAGAGGACAAGCUGGAGUGUUCUGAGGAGCUUGGUGACCUGGUUAAGGCAGUAGAUCCUACUCUAGCCCUCAGCGUCUACCUCAGGGCCAACGUACCCAGCAAGGUGAUCCAGUGCUUCGCUGAGACCGGACAGUUCCAGAAGAUAGUGCUUUACGCCAAGAAGGUGGGCUACUCUCCAGACUGGGUUUUUCUGUUGAGGAAUGUGAUGCGGGUCAGUCCAGACCAGGGUCUACAGUUCUCUCAGAUGCUGGUUGCAGAUGAGGAGCCCCUGGCCAACAUCAACCAGAUAGUGGAUGUGUUCAUGGAGGGCAGUCUGAUCCAGCAGUGCACCUCAUUCCUAUUGGACGCUCUGAAGAACAACCAGCCAGCCGAGGGACACCUACAGACACGCCUACUGGAAAUGAACCUCCUCCAUGCUCCCCAGGUGGCCGAUGCAAUCCUGGGAAACCAGAUGUUUACUCACUAUGACCGAGCCCACAUCGCCCAGCUGUGUGAGAAGGCUGGGCUGCUGCAGAGGGCUCUAGAACACUACACUGACCUGUUCGACAUCAAAAGGACUCUCGUACACACACACCUGCUCAACCCUGAGUGGCUGGUGAACUUCUUUGGCGCCCUGUCAGUAGAGGACUCUAUAGAGUGUCUUCGGGCCAUGUUAUCAGCCAACAUCCGACAGAACCUUCAGCUGUGUGUCCAGGUGGCAUCUAAAUACCACGAACAGCUGGGAACAAAUGCCCUGGUGGAUCUCUUCGAGUCCUUCAAGAGCUUUGAGGGUGUGUUCUACUUCCUGGGUUCCAUAGUGAACUUCAGCCAGGACCCUGACGUCCAUUUUAAAUACAUCCAGGCGGCCUGUAAGACCGGACAGAUCAAGGAGGUGGAACGCAUCUGUAGAGAGAGCAACUGUUACGACCCGGACAGGGUCAAGAACUUCCUCAAGGAGGCUAAACUGACAGACCAGCUGCCUCUGAUCAUAGUGUGUGACCGCUUUGACUUUGUCCAUGACCUGGUUCUCUACCUCUACCGCAACACUCUGCAGAAGUACAUUGAGAUCUAUGUUCAGAAGGUGAACCCUAGCCGGCUGCCGGUGGUGAUAGGAGGUCUGUUGGAUGUAGACUGUGCUGAAGAUGUCAUUAAGAACCUGAUCAUGGUGGUGAGAGGACAGUUCUCCACAGACGAGCUGGUGGCAGAGGUGGAGAAGAGGAACAGACUGAAGCUGUUGUUGCCGUGGCUGGAGUCUCGUAUCCAUGAAGGCUGUGAGGAGCCGGCUACCCACAAUGCCUUGGCUAAGAUCUACAUAGACAGUAACAACAACCCGGAGCGCUUCCUGAAGGAGAACACCUUCUACGACAGCACUGUAGUGGGGAAGUAUUGUGAGAAGAGAGACCCCCACCUCGCCUGUGUCGCCUACGAGAGGGGCCAGUGUGACCUGGACCUUAUCAAGGUGUGCAAUGAGAACUCCCUGUUCAAGAGUGAGGCUCGCUACCUGGUCAGACGGAAAGACCCAGAACUAUGGGCCAAUGUUCUAGAGGAGAACAACCCUUAUAGACGCCAACUCAUAGACCAGGUGGUGCAGACAGCUCUGUCAGAGACCCAGGACCCAGAGGAGGUGUCGGUGACGGUCAAGGCCUUCAUGACAGCUGACCUGCCCAAUGAGCUCAUCGAACUACUGGAGAAGAUUGUACUGGACAACUCAGUCUUCAGCGAGCACCGAAACCUCCAGAACCUGUUGAUCCUGACGGCCAUCAAGGCAGACCGGACGCGUGUGAUGGAGUACAUCAACCGCCUAGACAACUACGACGCUCCAGACAUCGCUAACAUCGCCAUCAGCAAUGAGCUCUUCGAGGAGGCCUUCGCCAUCUUCAAAAAGUUUGACGUCAACACCUCAGCCAUUCAGGUUCUGAUCGAGCAUAUCAGUAACCUGGACAGAGCCUAUGAGUUUGCAGAGCGUUGUAAUGAGGCUGCUGUAUGGAGUCAGCUGGCCAGAGCCCAGCUCCAGAGAGACCUGGUUAAAGAGGCCAUCGACUCCUACAUCAAAGCUGACGACCCGUCAGCCUACAUGGAGGUGGUCAGCGCGGCCAGCAAGAACGAUAACUGGGAGGAUCUGGUGAAGUUCCUUCAGAUGGCUCGUAAGAAGGCCCGGGAGUCGUACGUAGAGACAGAACUCAUCUUUGCUCUGGCUAAAACUGGCAGACUGGCCGAACUAGAUGAGUUUGUUAGCGGCCCUAACAAUGCCCAUGUACAACAGGUGGGAGAUAGGUGUUUUGAGGAGGGCAUGUAUGAUGCUGCCAAGCUGCUGUAUAAUAAUGUGUCCAACUUUGCCCGCCUGGCGUCCACGCUGGUACACCUAGGAGAGUACCAGGCUGCUGUGGACAGUGCCAGGAAAGCCAACAGCACACGCACCUGGAAGGAGGUGUGUUUUGCGUGUGUGGCUGGGGAGGAGUUUCGGUUGGCUCAGAUCUGUGGUCUUCACAUCGUCAUCCACGCUGAUGAACUGGAGGAGCUCAUCAGUGACUAUCAGGACCGGGGCUACUAUGAGGAGCUGAUAGCCCUGUUGGAGGCAGCAUUAGGUUUGGAGCGUGCUCACAUGGGCAUGUUCACAGAGCUGGCCAUCCUCUACUCCAAAUUCAAACCCCAGAAGAUGAGAGAACAUCUGGAACUCUUCUGGUCCCGUGUCAACAUCCCUAAGGUGCUGCGAGCGGCGGAGCAGUCCCACCUGUGGGCGGAGCUAGUGUUUCUGUAUGAUAAAUACGAGGAGUAUGACAAUGCUGUCCUCACGAUGAUGUCACACCCUACUGACGCAUGGAAGGAGGUGCAGUUCAAGGACAUCAUCGCCAAGGUGGCCAAUGUGGAGCUGUACUACAAAUCCCUUUCCUUUUACCUGGAUUACAAACCUCUGCUGACAAACGACCUUCUGACCGUACUGUCACCACGGUUAGACCACAGCCGAGCGGUCACAUACUUCACCAAGAUGAACCAGUUGAAGUUGGUAAAGCCUUACCUGCGGUCAGUCCAGAGUCACAACAACAAGGGAGUCAACGAGGCCCUCAAUAACCUGCUGACAGAGGAGGAGGACUACCAGGGUCUGAGGGCAUCGAUCGAUGUGUAUGGUAACUUUGACACCAUUGUUCUGGCCCAGAGACUGGAGAAGCAUGAGCUGAUUGAGUUCAGACGCAUCGCAGCAUACCUCUACAAAGGCAACAACCGCUGGAGACAGAGCGUGGAACUCUGCAAGAAAGACAAAUUAUACAAGGAUGCAAUGCUGUAUGCUGCCGAGUCUAAGGAUGCAGAAUUGGCUGAGACCCUGCUGCAGUGGUUCCUGGAGGAGGGCAGGAAGGAGUGUUUCGCUGCCUGUCUGUUUGCCUCCUAUGACCUGCUGCACCCUGAUGUGGUGCUGGAGCUGGCCUGGAGACACAACAUCAUGGACUUUGCCAUGCCAUACUUCAUCCAGGUCAUGAGGGAGUAUCUCACCAAGGUGGAGAAACGGGAGGUGUCAGAAAGCCAAAGGAAGACUGAGGAAAAAGUCACAGAACCCACCCCCAUAGUGUUUG